GUUUGCUAGGUUUGUUGACGAAAAUGGGAAGAGGGAAGGUGGUAUUGCAGAGGAUCCCAAACAAGAUCAACCGACAAGUAACAUUCUCCAAAAGAAGAAAUGGUUUGCUCAAAAAAGCUUAUGAACUUUCCCUGCUUUGUGAUGCUGAGGUCGCUCUCAUCAUUUUCUCUAGUCAUGGCAAACUUUCUGAGUUUGGCAGCAAUCACAGUAACGUUGCCAAGAUCCUGGAACGGUACCGGCGAUGUUGCUAUUCCUCAAGCUCCAGCAAUAUUUCUGAGAACAAUGCUCAGAUCUCGUAUCCGGAGAUCUUAAAAUUGAGGGCAACAUAUGAGUCUCUCCAAUGCUCACAAAGGCAUUUUCUUGGAGAAGAUCUUGAACAACUGACUGUGAAAGAUUUGCAAAAGAUUGAGAAACAGCUUGACAGGACGCUCUAUCAAGCUAGACAAAGAAAGACAGAAAUGAUGCAAAAACAAUUGGAAGAACUGCAGCAAAGGGCACAAGAUCUCGAAGAAGAAAACAAGAAGCUGAAGUCUCAGGUUGAUUAG